CCAUUUUUCUCCGUGAACAGCAGGAGACUUUGUGCCUGGCCCACGGUUUACCCGACAUCACUUUGUCAGGCUACAAGUUUUUGGCAACUCCUUAUCUGACAUCUAUGCAUCCAAGCAGGUGACGGACUGGAAGGAAAUCAUGUCUCCGGGCUGCACGGCAAAGUUUUUCCGCUGACACGCGGCUGUCUGGAUAGAUGCUUGUAUAAACUGUCGCACUAAUGGAAAUGGUGCCCAGCGAGGAGAACCAGUUCGUAUCCAAAGAGGUGAGGCUCCGGUUGUGAUGGACUCUGCCAAGAUCCAAAAUGCAGCCGAGGAGCCCAGAGUGCUGUGCAUAAUCCAGGACACCACCAGAGCAAAGACCAUCAAUGAGAGGCUGACCCUAAAUCUGCCCGCUUCCACGACCCUCUCCAGACUCCAUGAAGAUGUAGCACGCAAAGCAGGAUAUGUCAGUGGCACCUUUGACCUUGUCUGGGGUCACGCACCAGAUAUGCCACCUUUGGAUCAUAAUGGUGCGAUGUCCCUCUCUGAUUCUGGGUUUGAGUCUGGCGGUAAGAGAAAUUUUCUCCAUCUGACAGACAAAGAUGGAGAGCAGCCACAGAAUGCACCAGAUGAGUCAGCCACAGCUGAAGGCAGUGGACUUGAUGACACUUCUCAGGAACGCUUCAUUGGGCCACUACCCAGAGAAUGCACUCCAGGCUGCAGCGGUGAUUACAGCAGUUCAUCCUACUCCUACUCAUCCAUACUCAACAAAUCAGACACUGGUUAUGUGGGUCUGGUGAACCAGGCUAUGACCUGCUAUCUGAACAGUCUUCUACAAACACUGUUCAUGACCCCUGAGUUCAGAAAUGCCCUCUACAACUGGGAGUUUGAGGAGUCAGAGGAGGACCCAGUCACCAGCAUCCCAUUUCAGCUCCAGCGGUUGUUUGUCCUGCUACAGACCAGUAAAAAGCGCGCCAUAGAAACCACUGACGUGACACGAAGCUUUGGCUGGGAUAGCAGUGAGGCUUGGCAGCAGCAUGAUAUCCAGGAGCUGUGCAGAGUGAUGUUUGAUGCUCUCGAGCAAAAGUGGAAGCAGACGGAACAGGCUGAUCUGAUAAACCAGCUGUACCAGGGGAAGCUAAAGGAUUAUGUCAGGUGUCUGGAGUGUGGUUACGAAAGCUUGAGGAUUGAUACCUACCUGGACAUCCCUCUUGUGAUCAGACCGUUUGGAGGCAGCCAGGCUUAUGGCAGUGUGGAAGAAGCUUUGCAGGCAUUCAUCCAACCAGAAACCCUGGAUGGGCCCAACCAGUAUUUCUGUGAACGCUGCAAAAAGAAAUGUGAUGCUCGAAAGGGUCUACGAUUUCUGCACUUUCCGUACCUGCUGACGCUACAGCUGAAACGGUUUGAUUUUGACUACACCACUAUGCACCGCAUUAAGCUGAAUGACAGCAUGACUUUCCCCGAAGAGCUGGACAUGAGUCCAUUCAUCGAUGUGGAAGAUGAGAAGUCUCCUCAGACAGACAGUUGCACUGACAGUGGAGCAGAGAAUGAAGGCAGCUGUCACAGCGACCAGAUGAGCAAUGACUUUUCCACUGAUGACUGUGUGGAUGAAGGCAUCUGCCUGGACAGUACUGGCAGCACAGAGAGAGUCCUGAAACCAAAGAGUUUGCUGACCUUUGAGCUGUUCUCCGUCAUGGUCCACUCUGGCAGUGCUGCAGGCGGCCAUUACUACGCCUGCAUCAAAUCCUUCAGUGAUGGCCAGUGGUACAGUUUCAAUGAUCAGCACGUCAGCAAGAUCACGCAAGACGACAUCAGAAAGACUUAUGGGGGAUCGUCAGUAAGCAGAGGCUAUUAUUCUAGUGCCUUCGCCAGCUCUACAAAUGCGUAUAUGCUGAUUUAUAGAUUGAAAGACCCGACAAGGAAUGCAAAGUAUUUAGCGGUAGAAGACUUUCCUGAGCACAUAAAACGUUUGGUUCAGAAAGAGAAAGAAUUUGAGGAGCAUGAAAAAAGACAGAGGGAGAUUGAGCGCAAUACCUGCAAGAUCAAGCUUUUUUGCUUGCAUCCUGUAAAGACAAUGAUGGAGAGCAAACUGGAAGUUCACAAAGAUAAAACACUCAGAGAAGCGACAGAGAUGGCCUACAAUCUGAUGGAACUGAAAGGAGUUGUCCCUCUGGACUGCUGUCGAUUGGUUAAGUACGACGAGUUCCACGAAUACCUGGAGAGAUCCUACGAAGGCGAGGAAGACACGCCCAUGGGUCUGCUCCUCGGAGGGGUCAAGUCCUCGUACAUGUUUGACCUGCUGCUUGAGACUCGCCGGCCAGAGCAAACGUUUCAGCCUUACAAACCUGGAGAGGUGAUGGUGAAGGUUCAUGUUGUGGAUCUGAAGUGUGAGACCAUUGGCCCUCCAAUCAGUGUUCGCGCCUACUUGAACCAGACAAUCACUGAAUUCAAACAACUUAUUGCACAGUCUACAGGGCUGUCUGCAGAGACCAUGCGUGUGGUCCUUGAGCGCUGCUAUAAUGACCUCCGGCUGCUGUAUGUUCCAAACAAGACCUUGAAAGCGGAAGGAUUCUUCAGGAGUAACAAGGUUUUCGUUGAGAGCUCUGAGUCGAGUGAUCAUCAGGUUGCGUUCACUGACUCAGUUUUGUGGAAACUGUUGGAUCGUCACGGGAAUACGAUCAGGCUUUUGGUCUUAUUGCCUGAACAGUCACCUGGUACCUUGGCUAACAGAACUCUUUGCCAAAAGACAGCAGGCGACUCUGAUAUUUCCUUAGAUGGCUCCAAAGCAAACAGGAAGUCUGUGGAGGCCAUACUUGAGGAAAGCACAGAAAAGUUAAAGAAUCUGUCUUUGCAGCAGCAGCAGCAGCAACAGAGCUCCAGCACCAGCGACAGCCAGAAAAGCUCAGACACUAGUGACUUUGAACAUAUUGAAUCUCCAACACAAGAGGCAGACUCGAACUCGUCAAUGUGCGUGGCCGCAGACAACAGAGAGCUGGAGAACAGGAUCAGGACCACGGCUGGGAGCAGUGGAGGAACAAUCUCUGACCCAGAGAACCAGUUUGCCUGUGAGGAGCGUUCAGACUCUGAGGUAAACAACGACCGCAGCACCAGCUCUGUGGACAGUGACAUCCUCAGCUCCAGCCACAGCAGUGACACACUGUGUAACGCAGACAGUGGGGCAAUACAGUUGGCCAAUGGCCUGGACUCUCACAGCAUCACAAGCAGCCGUCGCUCCAAAGCCCACGAGGGUAAAAAGGAGACGUGGGACACUGCUGAAGAAGACUCUGGAACAGACAGCGAAUAUGACGACAACGGGAAGAGCAAAGCAGAGACUCAGUACAUGUACUUCAGAGCAGAGCCUGGUUCCCAAGAUGACUCCUCCUGGAAUGCACAAAAAUGUUUGGUGGUUCAUGUGGACAAGAGAAUAACAUUAGCAGCAUUCAAACAGAACCUUGAACCCUACGUCGGUGUGACCUCCACCCAGUUCAAAGUUUUUCGAGUGUAUGCCAACAACCAGGAGUUUGAGAGUGUACGGCUCAGUGAAACUCUCUCAUCCUUCUCUGAUGACAACAAGAUAACAAUACGACUAGGAAGAGCACUGAAAAAGGGAGAAUACAGAGUGAAAGUGUAUCAGCUGUUAGUGGGUGAAGCUGAGCCCUGUAAGUUCCUUGUAGAUACGGUAUUUGCAAAGGGUAUGACUGUGAGACAGUCCAAAGAAGAGCUGCUUCCUCAGCUAAAAGAGCAGUGCAAACUGGACCUCAGCAUUGAUAGGGUUCGUCUCAGGAAAAAAACAUGGAAAAACCCAGGAACAGUGUUUCUGGAUUACCAUGUCUAUGAGGAAGACAUCAGCAUAUCCUCCAACUGGGAAGUUUUCCUUGAAGUUCUUAAUGAACCAGAGAAAAUGAAGUCCAUGUCACAGUUAGCUGUUCUGACCCGGCGAUGGAGCCCAUCAACGAUGAAGCUGGGGUCUUUUCAGGAAGUAAUUCUGGAGAGCAGCAGUGUAGAAGAACUGAAAGAAAAGCUCAGUGAGAAGAGUGGCAUUCCUCUGGAAAACCUAGAAUUUGCAAAGGGUAGAGGAACGUUUCCUUGUGAUAUUUCUGUGCUGGAGAUUCAUCAGGAUUUGGACUGGAAUCCUAAAGUGACCACUCUCAAUGUGUGGCCUCUGUACAUCUGCGACGAUGGAGCUGUAGUCUACUACAGGGACAGCACAGAGGAGCUGAUGGAGCUGUCAGAAGAUGAACGCAAUGAGUUGAUGAAAAAGGAGAGCAGCCGUCUACUGAAAACUGGACACAAAGUCAGCUACUCUCCACGCAAAGAGAAAGCACUGAAGAUCUACCUGGACGGAGGCCCAGCCAAGGACCCGGGGCAGGACUGAGGUGCAGGGAACCCCUUCUGGUCACGUGGUUCAUCCAGCUGCUGUAGCAUAGCAUCUGGCCUCUGGCUCUCACUGCUUGAAGUGUCAGACCUGGUAGUGACUUGAACCUCAAGCGUCACUGUGAGAUGUGACGUGAAUCUCGGCCUCCUCUCUGAGCCCACAGACUGGUUCAGAAUCCUUAUUGUGCACUAUAGUGUAAGUUUAAAGGGAAGCACAAACGCUAUUCAAUACAGAUAAAGAAUCCAAUAAUGUACACAAGAAUCAGAUUGAAGCAUAGAGAGUUGGUUGCAGAGAUGUGGGUACCAUUGUAGUCCAUUUCCCCCUGCAUCACUGUCCUCUCCAUCACUGUGUCCAAAUUGUCACAGUUUUUGGCAUCAUGUUGACUUGAUUCAUUCGUGGUCAUCAAACCCACGCUCUUACACUGUUUCCUGACAGUUCGUACAAACCAGAGCUACGCCUGAGGCCCCGUCUCUUUAUCUUGCUAUAUAAACCUCACUGUUGAAUUUACAAACAGCUAAGAUGUUUAUAAAAGGUUUAUUGAAUUAAAAAAAGCAACAAUUAACAAUUUGUAAGCUAGGGAUCUGUUUUUCUUCCACGAACUCUCUGCCUGUACCAGAGUAAUGAGCUCUUCUUGGUUCUCUCUGCUGCUGCUCUGUAGCUUUGCUUCUAAAAUGUCACUUCCAUUAGCUCUAAGAAGAUCUUCAGGACUGUUGGUCCACAAAUAACAAAUGACAUUAUUUUUGUUUGUUGUAAAUUAUAAUUUUGCUGCAAACCUGUUUGUGCAGUUAGGACUGAUCUGGCACCAGGUACGCAUCUGUUGUCCACGUUAAGCUUUUAUUUUCACAGCGUUUUCCUGUGUCUGAUUUUGUUGCAUCAUGUGAGCUGACUGUACAUUUUCUGGUAUCAGCCACAUGUCUGUAUGUAUGUGUUGGUAUUGUGAGGAGGGAGGAAGCCCUCUGGAUUUUUGGCAGAGGUCACGAGCUUGUGUUUUGGCGCAUCUACCUGUUGCUGCUUGAACGACGGACAUUAGAGGGCGCUGAAGUGCCCUUUUUGUCUGCCUAAGUGACUGCUUUGAGGACAGAAGCUCAGCAUCAUGAUGCUGUCACCAGCUAAUCACUGUAGAAAUGCCAAUAACUGAAGAGACUCUUCUUUUUUUGAUCUUAAUUUCUCUGAAUCAUGUGUGGAAAAUAGUUUAAAAGAUUUUAGAAAUGAAUAAAAGAUUUUUUUCACAA